UGACUUAUUUUUUAAAACUUAAAAAACCCUGAGGUAAAUGGUACACAUUUAAAGUUUAAAAACUGUGUCAUUCAUACAGGAAAUCGUGAUGGAAUAUAAGAAUAUAUAAACAAAGGCGAAAAAUGGCAAAUUUUAACAUCAUGCGCCUUAUUUGGAACUGCCACUUAAUAGCAUUAUUGUUCAUUGGACCAUCAACAACUCAAUAUUAUAAAGCGGACUGCUUAAUAGAUGUUGUAUUUCUAUUCGACGAAUCGAGUGCGGUUUCUGAUGCAUUGUUUAACAAAACUUUGAGGACAGUAGACGCAACAGUAAAUAAUCUCGAUGUAAAAGAGAUGGGUGUUAAUGUCGGUGUCGGCUGUUACGCCGACACUUUCCGACAAAUUUUCCAGAUGGACUAUUUUUACAGUAAAACAACUAUAAAGAAUGAAAUAGACGGUAUGAAAAGACAACCAAAUGUGGGUCAAGCAAAUUUCCAAAACGCAUUGAAUCGAACAUGCAGAGUGAUGUUUUCCUCGCGUGCAGGAGGUCGUUUGAAGGCUGUUAACUAUCUUGUCGUAAUAUCACCACUGGGUGUUACAUCUGUAACAGACGCUGAACUUGAUGCUGUUGUUAAAUAUUGUAAAUCACGCUCUGUAAGAAUUAUAAGUAUUACGGAAGGCUCUAGUUCUGAGAUAUCCAAUACCAUAGCUUACGAUUCCACUUACCAGUUUAAUUUGGGAGAUGAAAACACAGUUGCUGCGAGCGUCAGUACACUCAUACAGGACAAUGCCGGUUGUAAAGAAGGUAUUGACAGACUUGCUAAAUGGUUAGAAACCAUUAUAUUUGGUUCUAUAGCUCUGAUUACCAUACUAAUGUGCCUGAUCUGCUUUCUACAAAACAGAUAUGUGAACAGAAUGAAGGCUGCUCAGGAAAAGUACAAAGAACCAGAGAAAAAGACACAACUUAAUUGCUGAUUUGAGUUACCAUAGUCUCUGUUCACUGCACAUAAAUCAUCAAUAAAUCUAGAUUUGUUCAAUUUGAUUUGCAUAUGAACAGAAGAUAUUACCAGAAGCUCAUUAAAACCUAUACAGCUUUUCUUUCUGGUAUCUUCAUCUCAGAAAACCUUCGUUUUUUUUAUCAAUUGAUAUGUAGUUCACAUUUGCACUCUCGUAACUCAAAAAUGCAGUAAAGACCCUGAUUCAUGGCACUAUUUUUAUGCCGGUGACGGUUUCGUGCACAUGUCGAAUACUAUUACUGUAAUCAAGCAUAAAAUGAAAAAAUAUA